AUGAGUCGAAAUCAAUCGCCACGGAGAUUCUAAAAUGUGUUAGAUAAAUGGCAUUAUAUCAAAUGUUCAGAAAUCAAGAUCCAUUUCUUUGUGAAGAAUCUAUAUAUGGGGAAUCAAACAGAAGAUCAAUUUCUGAAUUUUGUAAAGGACAGAGUGUAGAAGGCGGGUCCUUGCGAAGUGAUUCAGAUUACCGAUAAGAAUUUGAAUGAGCGCACUAUUGAUAUAGCGAUAGGGAUGCGAUAUGAUAAUGAUGCCAAAUUGAUAUACAUUGGAAAGAAACAUAUCAAUUUAGUAUCAAAACAUCAAAGUGAAAAGAAGAUCAUUCCAUUGAUUAGUGAUAUAUUUUUGAUGAUGCUAAGGGAAAAAGGAGAAGUGGACAAAUAAGCACUUGAAGAGAAAUUAAGGUAGCAGAGAUUUGGGGAAAAAAAGAGAGAUCGAUCUAGUAGCCAAGAUUCAUCGAAAUCAGAGAGUCAGGAUAAGAAGAAGAAUGCCAUAGUCUUGAAUUUACAAGUGAUUCCACAACAGAAGACUAUUAUUACGCCUCCAAUUGUAGAUAUCUAGCCUGUGUAAUUGACAAUUCCCAAGGAGACCAUCUAUAUCUUUGGGAUUCCAUAAGAAUUCAAUUUAUAAGAGUGCUUGAUGGAUAUUAAAAAUAGAUUGAAAUUAUAGUAAUUACCAGAGGGAACAUUCAGGAGUGAAAAAUAGUAAGAUCAUAUUUUUGAAUAUUUGGAAGUGCAGUUGGAAAUAUUAUAGAAGAAUGUCUAAUUAAAAAUUAAGAAUGUUCCAUGUCUUAUAUGCUAGAAGAAAAAGAAGUCUGAAUCCUUUUCAGAUAUCCUCAAACAAUAUUAAUUAUUCAUCAAAACACAACAUCCAAUCAAUACAAACAAACUGUUGAGCAUCUUCCAAUAAUAUGGCGACAUUAUUGGAUUAUAUGAAAUACUACUUAAUCAGGAGGAAUCCUCUAAUUCUUAUUGCAUAGUCUACACAUCUGAUCAGUUCAUCAAACAACUGAAACCUCCUGGAUAAAUUGAGAUUCCUGAAGAAAAGACAAUUUGUGAGUAUCGAAUACCUGAUCAAAACGUGGUCUCUUUUCAACGAAUCCCUUAUAAAAGCACUUUACAUGCAUAAAUAUCAAGAGAUUCUAGUAGUUCUAGUAGUAGCAGCUCAUCAUCAUCAUCUUCACGGAGCAGAAGUGAUAGCAACCCUAGAAAAAAAAAAUAAUACAAUAAAAAUAAUUAUAACAAUCGGAAAAGAUAAAACUAUAGGAGAAACAAUAAUUAUUAUGACAAUUGA